CGCAAUUCACCAACAGUCUCUGCAAAAUUAUUGUAAAUUAAUUCGGUGGUGCUGUCAACUCGGUAGCCAGCGAUACACCAGAUCGAGAAAUUAAAGCAAUCUACGGAAAACCCGUCGCGCUUUUCAAGGUGCAAUAAGGCGGUACCGUCUGUAGCAGAAGAAACUGGGCGCGUCGGAAAACAUGGUGCAAUCGUGCUCGGCUUACGGUUGCAAGAAUCGCUACGAUAAGGAUAAACCCAUCUCUUUUCACAAGUUUCCCCUUAAACGCCCGCUACUCUGCAGGAAAUGGGAAGCAGCUGUACGUAGAGCUGACUUUAAACCUACAAAGUACAGUAGCAUUUGCUCUGACCAUUUUACAGCUGAUUGCUUCAAAAGAGAAUGCAACAAUAAGCUUCUUAAGGAUAAUGCUGUGCCAACAAUAUUUGCACAUACAGAAAUAAAGAAAAAGAGUGGAAAAGCUGUUAAAAAGGAGCAGCUGCCAGCUGAACCUGAACCAGUCCCGUCUGUUCCUGAAGUAGACCCUGCUAUUGGAUUGCUACUCCCUCCUCUGUAUACACCAAGUCACAUUGCAGUGAUUUGUGACCACAAUUAUACAGUGGAAGAUACUGUUCAUCAGAGGAGAAGGAUACAACAGCUUGAAGAGCAAGUUGAUAAACUUAGGAAAAAGCUGAAGAUAGCUAACCAGAAGUGUCGAAGGCAGGAACGUAGUUUGGAAAAACUGGAGAGAGAGGUUUCUGAAUAUAGGGAAGCCAAGGGAUCUGGCUACGUUAUCUUCCCUGGCAAUUAUUAUGAAGUCUUAAAUGAAAAUGAAUACAAAGAACUGGCUCCAGAAAUAACAUAUAAAGAAAUCAUUCUGUAACUUUCCUACCAAUUUGACUUUACAGUAAACUAGUAAAUUCCAGAAACCUAUACAGUACAGAGUGAUUUUUUUUUACUAUAAUUGCUUUGCUAAAAAUGUUCUUGCUUAUUUUAAUACACAUGCUUAUAACAACCCAUGUUUUCUAUUAACUGUAUCGUUACUUUCAAAGUUUUGAGAUCUUGCCAAAAAAAACAUUGAGUACAGAAAUACUAAAAAAAAGGGCGGUUUCUUUUCAGUUGCGAGAAUUUGUUUAUGUAUCUUAAAUCUGAUGUUAAUGUGUUAGAUAUCAUUUCAAGUUGCUGCUGUGAUCAUCACAUCAGUAUAUGUAUAUAGGCUAUUACAUGCUUUCAGUUUUUAUAAAUCUGCUAUUAACAUGAUUUCUGUAAGGCAAAGCAAUUGCUAGUAUAUGUCUUUGAAAUUUAUUUGCCAUGAAAGCAUCCAACAGCAUUUUUGCAUGCCUUAUUUUUGCUUUAGCCAGUUAUAAAACAAUAAAUCUAAUAACUGUCGAACAA